UGGAUUAUGGCAUAGGAUCUAUUCUCAUAUUGGAUAACCUAAGGAGGAGGGGCUUUCAACUUCCUAAGCAAUUCUCUAUAUGUUUAUCUGAUGAAGAGUCCAUGAGCCACCUCCUUUGGUUUGCCGUACAGCGCGAGAGUUUUGGGUAUUUAUAUUUUCAGCUGUUGGUAUGGUGUGGUCCCUGCCUUGAUUUUUCAGAGGCUCGUUUGAAUGUUAGAUAGGGGAUGGCCGAGAAAUAGCUUGUGGGAGGAAAAGGAAUGGAAGGAUGUUUGAGGAUAUAGUAAUGUCCAUAGACAGGGUAAAAUAAUCUUUUUUCAUAUGUUCUAUUUUAUUUUUUGGGAACAAAUAGCUUCAACCGGUUGGGCUUAGUCCCAUUUCUUGAGUUUUUUAGGAGAUGGGGUCAUCUUUGUUAAGUUUUUCAUCUGACUGAAAUUGGUUGAAGCAUCCCUAUAUUAAUAUAACUUUUUAUUUUAUCCAAUUUACCAAAUAAUUGGGAGUAAUCAAAAGAUUGACAUCAGCGUGGACUAUGAGGAUGUUGCAAUGUCGUCGGCAUAGCAUUACCCAACAAAGGUGUCUCUUUAUGUGCUUCCACUUCCAACAUUAAAGCUUUUCUUAAUCUGAAAAUGUUGAAUGCGGUGAAUGGAAGGCUACAUGUAGAUAUUUUGUUUGUGAUCCAAUGUUCAAAUGCAGGAGAAGAGUAUCCAACUGAUGGAACUGCUUUUAUUUUUGGUAAAGAUAUAUCUUUAAAUCCCAAGGCUGCGCGUCGUCAGAUUGGUUACUGUCCCCAAUUUGAUGCUCUGCUAGAGUUUCUAACUGUCCAAGAACAUCUUGAGCUGUAUGCAAGAAUAAAAGGAGUCCCAGAUUACAAGAUGGAAGAUGUUGUUAUGGAAAAGUUGGUGGAAUUUGACUUGUUGAAGCAUGCUAGUAAACCAUCAUUUACCCUAAGUGGAGGAAACAAGCGCAAAUUAUCUGUCGCAAUAGCAAUGAUUGGAGACCCUCCUAUAGUCAUUCUUGAUGAGCCAUCCACAGGCAUGGAUCCUAUUGCAAAACGAUUCAUGUGGGCAGUUAUAUCCCGUCUGUCAACCAGACGAGGGAAGACAGCUGUUAUUCUAACUACCCACAGCAUGAAUGAAGCUCAAGCGCUGUGCACUAGGAUUGGAAUAAUGGUUGGAGGGCGACUGAGAUGCAUUGGAAGUCCCCAGCACUUGAAAACACGAUUUGGGAAUCAUCUUGAACUAGAGGUUAAACCUACUGAAGUUAGCUCCGAGGAUUUGGAAAAUCUGUGCGAAAUAAUUCAAGAAAAGCUCUUUGACAUUCCUUCUCAUCCUAGGAGCAUACUCAGCGACCUUGAAGUUUGCAUUGGGGGUGUAGAUUCCAUAACAUCAGAAAAUACUUCAGUGGCAGAGAUUAGCUUGUCAGAGGAGAUGAUAGUAAUGAUUGGACGCUGGCUUGGCAAUGAAGAAAGAAUAAGGACACUGGUGUGUGCACCUAAUGGUUCUGUUGGGGUUUUUGGUGAAAAGUUGUCAGAGCAGUUGGUCCGUGAUGGUAAGUCUCCUCUUUCUUCAUUGUUUCUAUUACUCUUCAGAAUGCCAUACUGA